CUACGUAAUUACGCUGACGCAAACGUUACCAACCAGGAAGUGAGCGGAGGGGAGGGAACAGAAGAAUCACAACAGAAGCUCAGCAGCUAUUGUGCCGCUCGUACACGCUGUUUUACAGUUAUUAACGAGGACGAACAUGUCAAGGAAAGCCAAAGAGGAAUAUUACAGGUUCUUCACCGUCACCGACCCACGCACUCACGAGAAGGGAUACACGGAGUACAAAGUGACAGCAAGGUCUGUGUCCAAGAGUCAUCCAGAAGAUGUGAAGGAGGUGGUCGUGUGGCGGAGGUUCUCCGAGCUGAAGAAGCUCCAUGGAGAGCUGGCCUACACUCACAGGAACCUGUUCAGACGACAGGAGGAGUUUCCACCUUUUCCCCGAGCACAAGUUUUUGGAAGGUUUGAUGAGACUGUGAUUGAGGAGAGGAGGCAGGCAGCAGAGGCCAUGCUUCUGUUUACUACCAGCAUACCUGCACUCUACAAUAGCCCACAGCUCAAGGACUUUUUCAGAAAUGGCGAGGUUAUAAGACCUCUAGACCCAACUCACUUGUUGUCUGCUGGGCCUCUGCCUCCGCCUCUUAUCCCUCUCCCCAAGCGGAGGGCCUCAGACUGUGAGCCUGCAGAGGAGGAGGAGGGGAGGGAGGCUCCUACCUUACCCCAGGACCUGGGCAUAAACCUUGGCUUAGAAGUAGGAGAACCCGAGGUGGCAGCUGAGGCUUACAGUGAAAUGGGUGGCUCCCUGAGAGAAGAAGAGAGAGAGGAGCUUAGCGACAUAGAGCUGGAUGACAAAGCACCAUCUCCUGACCCAUCCCCAGCCACAAACCACCAUACACAAGAGUCCCAGGAAGAGUUUGAGUCACUGUUUGAUUCUGUGGCAGAAGAGCAAGUCUCAUCCCUGAAGGAAGAAGGUCCACCUCCACUGUCUGACAGUGACUUGGCUGUGUUUGAUCCCUGCUAUAAACAAGAUAUAUCCAGCUCCUCCAGUGACCACUCAGAAUUGUUCUCACUGCCGCCAGACAGUCAGGAUGAGGGGAAUGUGGGCUAUUUGAACCAAGCGGCCACUGAGCUAACAGCUGCCAUGGAGCGGGAGAAGGAGGGAGAAUUUAGCUCUGCUAUUCAUGGAUACAGGACAGCGGUGGAUAUACUGAUCACUGGAGUUCAGGGAGACCCAGAUCCAGUACGCAGGGAAUCUGUAAUGAGAAGAACAGCCCAGUAUCUAAAACACGCUGAGAUGUUGGUCGACAGGCACUCCUCACCUACACACAGUCCCACGCCUACACACACAUGCACACAGGACCCAUAGAUGCACGCACAUAUAUUUAUUUACACCGUUCACACACUUAAAGACAAAACCUAAGAAGCUCAGGGCUGUGACCGACAAACACACACAUAUUCUUUCUCUUUUGACAAAGACAUUCGCAGGCAUAGGCCCACAGUAGAUACAAGAUCAUUCAGGUGCAAAACUGUAGCACACAGAUGAUGUACACACUACACUGCAGACUGUUUUUUGUUGAAUGAAAAAUCUGUGAUUGACAAAAUCUAAAUAUCCUGAAAUUGAAAAUAACUGUAGAUUUAAUGUGUUACUGUGAUAAAUACACUUUCACCUUUCUAUUUUUCUCUUGUGUAAUUCUCAUCAUCCUUAUGCAGUCUUCUCUGUUUGAUUACAGUAAUGUCUAUCAAGUAAUUUCCAUUUUGCACAGUGUUUUGUUAAUUAACAUGAUUUUAAUUUCAGACUAACAUGUCUGUUCUUAAAGGUAGAGAGAGCCGUGUGUUAGCACUUUGUGAUUGUUACAUAAUCAGAUGGUCAAAAUACCUAUCACCAGUCCAGGAUAUUUUAGGAGGUCUGACCUCAUUAAUCCUAUUCAGAACCAAAUACUUGACAUCUAUUAUCCCAGGAAUUGUAUAUGCACUUGUUUAUAAACUGUUGUAAUCCUCAGCUGUAAAAACAACUGAUUUGAAAGUAUGCCUAGUCAGCAUACUGUGAUGAUGUAUUGUUGUCAAAAGUAUUUUUAAUUGUGGUCAUUCCAUAGCAGUCUGUCCAUUG